UGUAGCACAUCUUUCUCAGAUUCAAUGUCACCAAUACUAAAACGGGAGACCAAACCCGAAUGGGAGGACCUCGGAUGGGCAUGGAGAAAACGAAAUCCGCCAUUUCCGAAACGAAUUUUACGAUCAAUGCAGCUGGUGAAGAAGAAUCCUGAUUGGCACGAUCUUGGAUGGACGUGGGGACGUCGGAAAUGA